AAGAUGAUUUAUUUUAAUGGAAAAACCACUGAAUUGUGAGUUGUCACUGCAGGAAAACUUCACGUUUUAAGUGAAUUUUAAAAAAAUCUUGAAAGGACAAUGUCUGAACACGGGUUCCUGUCUCCGAACCCAGCUCUAUUUGAGCUGGAGAACUUGAAGAAGCGUCCAGGAUUAGCUCAUGAGCUAGGAGCUGGAGCAGCCUGCUCAAACUGUAAAGACAAGUGUCCUGGUUUUCAGCUCCAUUUCUGGAGGAAAGUAUGUAUGAACUGCCGGUGUGGUAAAGCUGAACAUAAUGUGGUCGAACAUUCAGAUCCUGGUUUCUACUUUGUCGGUCGACUCUUCGACAGACCUCUACGGACGAAGGAAGAGGAAUUACAUUUUGUUUACGGAGAUGUUUUCCAGGAUACCACUGAUCAAUCACGAGCUGGUAAGGAGAUGAAACUUGAUUGGGUUCCACCAGGAGUAACUGUAGACCUAGCUUCAAGAUAUCUUAAAUCUAUCCCACAGGAGUACUUAUCCAUACAGGGUUCUGACGGAGCUAAGAGAAGGUUGGUUCAGCUGGAGAAACAGUUUCCAAUCCAUGAUGUUGAACCAACUCAGUGUCAUCAACUUUCUCAUACAGAGAUACAAAUGAUGAAUAGUUAUGUAUCAAGUGUACGUGAGCGUGUGGCUGGUCAAGGUCAGGUUCAGGAACUACCUGCCCUUCUCCCUCCCGGUCAACCUCAACCCUACCAGAGGUCAAACAAUGAUUUUAUCCAAGCCUGGAGGACGGAUGACGAGGAUACAUAUCAGAAUAUGCCGCCAGUACCCACCUCGAUGCCCCCACCGCUUCCUUCGACGGGUCCCCCGUCACUUCCGAAGUAUUCGAGCACGAAACCAGGAGGAUAUAAUCCUGGAGGAGAUCCAGUAGAACUCGAGCAUAUGUUCGAUCUUCUUGAUGUUAAGGAUGGAGUGAGAGCUGGAUACAAUUCAGGUUUAUCAGGAACAUUCCAUGCUCGUCCUUAUGGCCAGCAGCACCAGGCGACCAGGUUUCCAGGUUCAACUGGUUCAUCAGUUUCAUCUGCUUCUCCUUCUCCUCCUCAUCCUUCUCAUCCUUCUCUUCCCUUAUCUCUUCAGUCUCUUACUCAUCCUUCAUCCGUACACUCUUCCUCUCAUCCUUCAUCCGUACACUCUCCUUCUCAUUCUUCCUCCAGAAAUUCACAUCUACAACCAACAUCUCAUUAUCCUUCUAGUCUCUCUGGUAGUUCUGGGUCAGGAAACAGCAUCCUGGAUCCAAGACAGAGACCUGCUCUAUCUAGACCUGGAGAAACAGAUCCAACCCUAACCCAGGAUGGAGAAGGAUGGAGAUGUAAAGGAUGUCAGGGGAAAAUGGUUCCCGGAGAAGUUGCAAUAUUUGCUGAACGUGCUGGACCGGAGACUUGCUGGCAUCCAUCUUGUUUUUCAUGUACCAGCUGUGGCGAUCUUCUAGAAGACCUUUUGUACUUCUACAGCCAUGGGAAACUGUACUGCGGCAGAGAUUUUGCAGAAAUGUUGAAUAUUCCUCGUUGUGCAGCUUGCGAUGAGUUGAUAUUCGCCACAGAGUAUACAGGAGCUGAGGAUAGAUUCUGGCAUUUAAAACAUUUCUGCUGUUAUGAGUGUGACACACCGCUAGCUGGGCAUAAAUAUAUUCCGGUCAACUCACAACCUUACUGUCUAGUUUGCUGGCAGAACAAACAUGGAAAGGUUUGUAGUUCGUGUACUGGAUAUAUUGGUGCUGAGGAACAGAGGGUUACUCUAGCAGAUAAUCAUUGGCAUGCUACAGAGGAUUGCUUCAAGUGCGGGGUUUGCAGCGUGAGUUUGCUUGGUGGUAAAAUGACACGACGAGAAGGAGUAUUGUUGUGUAGUUCUGUCUGUGCAACUAAACUAUCGGAGCAAAGUCGUCCUCAACCCGUCCCACCAAGGUUGGAACCAACAGGAAACUUUGCAUCUCAGAUCCGAUCCCAUACUUCUCCUGGAACUCUAGGCGCAGGAAGACCUAGAGAGGAACCAAGGGUUCCCCAACCCGGAGUAGGUUCUCGUAAUAUGGGCGGAACAAGUGAGCUUCGCCCCUGGCAACCACUGCUCCACGCCAGGACGUAUCCGUCUCAGAAUCCAGAGAAUAUUUCCCGACAACAGGAUUCUCAUCCACACAACUAUCAUAACCAUCCUGCAUCUAAACACCCGAUAGAUCAGCUCCUUGCAUCCAAACAGCAGAGACAUGUUCAAUUCGCAGUAGAUCAGGACGGCGUACAGGACGGAUUUAGAAGAGAAGAAUAUGUGAGUUCGGAACCUGAAUUUGACUCAGGGUCUCCUUAUCAUUCUAGACAAAGCAGCUACAGUACUAUUGUGUAAGCAGCUAUAGUAAUUGUACGAAUUGUAUGAUUCUAAAGUAUCAGCUACAAUGCCAUUGUAUAAUAGCAGCUCAGUGUAAUAGCACAUAUAGUAUAUAUUGUACUAUCUUGAGAAAGGUUACUCUAUAGUUACUCCCGCCGUUUAUCCGCACUUGGUCGUAAAUUAAGAAUUUAGCUAUUUUUCCCAAUAAAAGUAUAGACCCAAUCAACUUAGAACUUCAAAAACAAGCUUAGAACAUUCCAGUGGUCAUACCGAGUUCCUCUAAUAAAAUUUGAGGCAAAUCGGUCAAGGGGUUCCUGAGUUAUGAUCGGACAAACAAACUAACUUUAUAU